CGUGUUGUUUGUUUGUUGUUGUUGUGGUGGUGGUGGUUGUGGUGUCGUGGCGCGCGUGUGUUUGCUGUUGUCGGUACAGGUGAAUGUUUAAGUUGUCACUGGUGCGGUGAUGAAUGUGUGUGAGUUGUGAAUGAUGGUGGAAUACAGCGGGCAGAGUUGAUAGAGUGAUGGUGUUAGUGUCAUCAUGAUUAAUGUCAUGACGGUGGUGGAGGAGGUGGAGGUGGCGGAGGUAGACUGCGGAGUGGCGGAUGGUGUCCGGAUUUCUGUCGGAGUUGGAAGUGAAAGAUGAUCUGAUCCCAUCCGUCACCUGCAUCCUCACCACCCCUCACACCUCCCACCAACCCUCACCACCACCACCCUCACCACCGCCCUCACCACCACUCACUCCAACCCUCAGCGAUGCCGAUGCCUCUCCUCCUCAACGCCGCUUCGAACAGCAUCAUCAACACCACCAUCAACAACAACAUCAGCAGCAUCAUCAGCAGCACCACCAUCAGCAACAUCGGCAGCGGCAUCAUCAGCGGCAACAUCAGCGGCAGCAACAUCAGCGGCAACAUCAACGGCGGCAACAUCAGCGGCAUCACCAGCGGCAACAUCAGCGGCCCGGGCUGCCAAGUCGACGGCAACUUCACGCCCGUCUUCCUGCCCAGCAUCUACGGCGUCUCGCUCAUCCUGGGCGUCGUCGGCAACGCGGCCGGCAUCUUCUGCUUCUGCCGCCACAUGCGCCCCUGGUCGCCGCUCACCGUCUACAUGCUCAACCUCGCCGUCUCGGACCUCUGCUACGUCCUCUCGUUGCCCUUCCUCAUCGACUACUACGUGGCGCGCACCUGGCGCUACGCCGAAUGGCACUGCAGGGCGCAGCGAGCCACCUUCCACGCCAACAUGUACGCCAGCAUCCUCUUCCUCACCGUCAUCGCCGGGCACCGCUACGCCGGCAUCGUCCACCCGCUGCGCUGCCGCGGCGCGCCCCUGGCCGUGUCGCGCCGCGCCAGCGCCCUCGUCAGUGCCGCCGUGUGGGCAGCCGUCGCCGGGCUGGUGCUGCCCCAGGUGUGGUUCGUGCGGCUCGGCGUGGCGAAGGCGGCGGGGGCAGGAGGAGGGGGGGAAGACGUCGUGAAGUGCUACGACACGACCACCAAGGACAUGCUGCAAGAAUACCUGCCGUACAGCUUCGUCCUCUCCGUCCUGGGAUUCUUUGUCCCGUUCUGCGCGAUGCUCUUCUUCUACGGCUCCGUCGUCUGCGCCUUGGCCGGCACCUCCGACGGCCGCUGGGGAAGAGGAGGAAGAGGAGGAGGAGGAGGAGGGGGGGUCACGGGCCAGGGGACGGCGUGCGCCGUGACCCCCGCCGACCGCCGGCGCACCAAGCGCAUCGUGGGGGUCACGCUGGUGCUGUUCGCCGUCUGCUUCCUCCCCUACCACGUGAUGCGCCUGUGGAACCUCCUGGUGAGGCUCUACCCGCCGGAGGAGUGCGCCACCUCCACCAACGUCUACCUCACCUACCAGGUGACGCGCGGCCUGGCCAGCCUCAACAGUUGCCUGGACCCGGUGCUCUACGUGUUCGCCAGAGGCGGCGUCCGCUCGGCGCUCCGAGAGAGCCUCCGCUCCGUGAGCCGCUCCGAGCUCAGCCGCCUCUCCCUCCGACACCUCGACCGCAUCACCGCCCUGGGGAGCGCCGGCGGCGGUGGGCCCGGCGGGGAAGGGGCGGCCACGGGGGAGCCGGACGGUGCCGGGGGCUGUGCGGGCGACUGGGAGAAGCUGGGGGGCGACGUGGACGAAGACCUGGGGGAGGUGUUUGAAGAGGCAGGGCGGACUACGAGGACGAAGCAUCGGUGA